AUGAGUAUAAUACCGAAAAAUAACAAAUGUUGUGCAGUUCUUGACGAAGUAGAUGUAUAUUCUGACGUUUAUACUAGCGAUAACAGAAAGCUUUGGGAUAACAGGACAAUUCCGUAUAAAUUUGACAAAGAUAUAUCUUUUGAACUUAAAACAUCUGUGAUGAAAGCAAUGGAAAGGAUUGCAGAAGUAAGUUCAAUAGUAUUCGAAGAAAGAAACGACCAAAAGGACUAUAUCAAGAUUGUUGAUAAAGGUGGGUAUUGGUCCUUCAUUGGUAAGCAAGGUGGUAAACAGAAAUUAUCGGUUACCGAGAACUGGCCGCAUCCCAUAGGCCACGCUAUGCAUGAACUGAUGCAUGCGCUCGGUUUUCACCAUGAACAUUGUCGCCCAGACCGGGAUGAACAUAUAAAGAUUUUAGUUAAAGGGGAUAAUAAAAGUAAUAUAAAUUAUGAAAAGCUUGAGAAAUCAGAUGUUUUGUGUUAUGGCCCAUACGACUUCGAAUCUAUAAUGCACUACUCUGAAAAACAGGGGGUUAAGGCGAAGUCAGGAACAAAUUCAAAAAUAGGUCAACGUGAAAGAUUAAGUUCUGGUGAUAAAUUGGCACUUAAUAAACUUUAUCCCCGGGUUGUCUUUCUCUUUCGAAAGAAAAUUGUUCUUAACCGUCGAAAUCUACGAAGACUAAGACGUUUAACAUCUAAUUAUUUAACAUAUAAUUUAUCCAAAUUACCGAGACAAAAUACAAAUAACUUAAUUAUAAACAAUUUCUUUAAUGGAUAUCCCUUUGAUCCAGAUGCGGAUCCAGAUGCGGAUCCUAUUGAUUCGAAAUAG